AUGGCGGCUCCUUUGACGCUACUGCUGGUAGUGGCUGUGACAAUAAGAGCUGUUUUAUUCCGUUCCAGUUUGGCAGAAUUAAUUUCGGAGAGGGUUGAGGUGGUGUCACCUUUGAAUGCGUGGAAACGAGUUGUGGAGGGUCUAGCCUUGUUGGAUCUGGGAGUCUCACCUUACUCAGGAGAUGUAUUUCAUGAAACACCCCUUAUCAUAUACCUCUUUCAUUUUACGAUCGAUUAUGCAGAGAUUGUGUUCAUUAUUGCAGAUGUAAUCACAGCAGUGUCUCUGUAUCUGGCAAUCCAGAUUUAUAGCAAGAAUGUGUUUAGAAAACAGAAGUAUGCUUUGGAAUCAGAGCGAUAUCCACUUGACUGUUUGGAGCUCCUACGUUCUCCGAAGGAGAUGCUCUACAUCCCUUUCAAAGUUGCCAUGUUUUAUCUGUUAAACCCCUUCACCAUUCUGUCUUGUGUGGCAAAGUCGACUUGUGGACUGAACAAUGCAGUUAUUGCGCUCUUCAUUCUCUGUACAUUGAAAGGUAGUUCCUUGUUGAGUGGGAUAUUUUUGGCCUUAGCCACAUAUCAGUCUAUGUAUCCUUUGACACUGUUUGCUCCUGCACUGCUGUUCCUCCUACAGAGGUUGUAUAUCCCAGUGAACCUGAGGAGGACUAGUUUCUGGUUCUUCACUCUGCAGUAUGCAUUUAUAUAUGUGGGCAGUCUGUUGGUGAUCACUGCCCUCUCCUUCUUUCUCCUGAGCACCUGGGAUUUCAUCCCUUCUGUCUAUGGAUUCAUGCUCUCUGUUCCAGAUCUCACUCCUAACAUCGGACUCUUCUGGUAUUUCUUCGCUGAGAUGUUUGAGCACUUCCGUCUCUUCUUCAUCUGUGUCUUUCAAAUCAAUGUGUUCUUUUACACCAUCCCUCUCUCUAUCAAACUCAAGGAUCAUCCAGUAUUCCUCAUCUUCAUGCAGAUUGCCAUUAUCUCCAUCUUUAAGUCAUACCCGACUGUGGGAGAUGUUGCCCUCUACAUGGCAUUUCUGCCUGCCUGGAGUCACCUCUACAGAUUCUUAAGGAACAUCUUUCUGGUGUCAUGUGUGCUGUUGGCUUGCUCUGCACUCUUCCCUGUUCUGUGGCAUCUCUGGAUCUACGCUGGCAGUGCCAACUCCAACUUCUUCUAUGCCAUCACCUUGCUCUUCAAUGUUGGACAGAUCCUCCUGGUGUCUGACUAUUUCUACGCCUACCUGCGUCGAGAGUAUCACCUGACUCACGGCCUCUACCUGAAGAAGAAAGAUGGCACUGAGGCCACGCUGGUGUUGAAGUGACCUUCAGUCACUGGACUGCGAGACCUCACCAACUGCCUCACACUUCCACGUCACUUAUAUUUAUAUUUUCACUACAUUAUUUUUUUUUUUAUACCAUUUCUUCAUUUCCACCUCUAUUUGCUUCCAAUACCAUGUUUUGUCUUCAAAACCCACUCUUUUCCUUUGCACAUUUGAGAGUUUUACCUCAUGUUUGGAUGUGGUCGCCCCCUCUUGGACCAAAACUGUUUUGUAAUUUCGCAAAACCUUUCAUGAACAUUUCCGGGUCAUAUUUCACCACAAAAUUAAAAGAAAUUAAAAACAAAUAUGUAUAACAGUAAUAACAUUCUAGUCAUUUAAUGCCCAUUGAGAAUAAUAGGAGUUAAAACCAUGGUAACACAUUAUUUUAAGGGUGCACAAUAAUGCACAAGUUAAGCAUGAAUAAGGCCGUAAUUAAAAGUGAACAAUGUAAAGUAAAGCCAUCUUAGCCAUAAUUAACAACUUUGUGUUGAGAAAGUAAUGUUGUUAAUUAUCUUUUUUCAGAGAUCACAUUUUAAAUUGGCUAAAUAUUAAACCAGUAAUUAUAGCAAUUUAGGAUUGGACUUUCAAAUCAGUUACUUAUAAAUUAAUAAAAAAUCUUUUAUUUAGUUUAUAAUUUUUUUGCACAUGUUUCAGUUACAAUAAAACUCUGCAAAUGCUGUAAACUCCUAAAGAAUGUAACAAAUUAUUCAAAUUUUCUUUAUUUUAAGAUUAAUUUCAUUGAAUAAAAUUAGUUCAUUUGUAGUAGUUCAUUAACAGUUCGUUAGUAACAAUUUUUUCAAACCAGUACCAAUAAAGUAUGCUCUUAGUUUAAUAAACUGAAAAUACCAUCUAAUAAGUGUUAAUCCAAUAACUUUAGUAGAUUACAAUUUCACUUUAGAGCAGGGGGUCAAGUUGUCUAAUACAAAAUUGUAGCCAUUUAUCAGUAAAAACCAAUAAUAAAUAUAGCUGAAAACAGCAAUCAAUGGGGCCAAGUACUGUGGGCCCAUUUCCUCCUGGCGGGUUUAGUAAAACAAUGCAUUUGAGGUGAUUUGUGUAAAUGUAAAUGUUUUUUUUCAAAGACUGUUGUAAGGGCCACACUUCCUGCUGCCAGUUGGUGGUGCUGCAACCAUAGCCCACAGUAGAUACGUCAAUGUGAUCAGCCCUCAAGGCCAAACAUAUGGGUCAAUUUUGAUGUAAAUCACACAAUACACGCAGAAGAUAUUAGACAAUUCUUUCUUCCUAUUUUUUGUCGCGUUGCCAUGGAGCCACCGUUUGAGACACCAAAAAUCCAUUCAUAAUUUAGCAUCUUCAAUUGUUUCAACUUUGGUGUUGCCUAAGUUUGGUGCUAGUCACAUGAAUUCCCUAUGAGGGGUAUUUAAGUAUUUUUCGCCAUUAAUUUAUCUCCUCGCCACGGCAACACAGUUUGAAAAAUCAAAAAUCCCCUUGGAGGAUUAUUUCAAAUUCCAGAGCAUGCGUUUUUCAAACAAUGCAACAUGGUAGACUUCCUGUUGGUCAGAGCCUAUGACUAAGAGGGUGAAAGUUGUCCAGCCUGAUGAGCUCUAUAUGUGUACAAAGUUUGGUAACUGUAGGUGAAAAGGCAUGUCCUACAGAGCCUCCCAAAAAUCUAAUUUUCAAGGGACCUGCAGAGAGCCCCCCUUUGACCCCCCCAUGUGAACUUUUGCCAAGCUCUAAUGGCCAACGAUUCUGAUAUGUGUGCAUAUUUUCAGGAGUUUGAGCAUGUUAAGGGACCCAAAAGCGUCUGAAACCUUGAAAAGAAGAAUGUCAACAGUAAUCCUUAGGAAAACAAUAGGGCCUCCGCACUUACAGUGCUUGGGCCCUAAUUACGCACUUACAGUGCCUGGGCCCUAAUUAAUCAUAAUUACUGUUUUAUUAUUUUGAAAUAAACUUAAAUGCCACCUAAUAAAAGAACAAGCAAAAAAAUUAAUAAUUUUAAAAGGUAAAAUUGUACUCUAGGAAAAGGGUUCAAGUUGUCUUUAAUAGAAGAUUUUUGUCAUUUAUUAGUAACAGAUUUGCCAAUACUAGUUAACAAGUUAUAUAUUAUGUCUAAAAUACAGUUACACUACUGUCUUAUUCACACUUCACUAGAGCUUUAUUGUAGACCCUUAAAACAAAGUGUUACCAAAAUUCCUUAAAAGUAAAACAACCAGAAGCAUUAUGUUAAUAAGAAUGUUGUGACAACUUAAUGACAAUUUAAUGUUACAAUGUAAAAACUCUUAAUGGUACUAAAAUAGGUAAAAUAUAAAAUGUCUUAUAUUUUUCGUUUAAUUUUGGGCUGAAAUGAAGACCUGUUUUUGUGAGAUUUACACAAAUAUUGUUCUCACUUUGACUCAUAAACUAAAUUUUUGAUUUUGUUUCUCUUUUUGCCGCUUGAACAAUAAUGCAGUCUGUCUGACGAAUAAGAGUUGCUUACAUUUUUGAAUUUGGUGCUUUUUGUGCAGUGCUCUUUGUUUUGUUUUCUUAUAUUCUUAUAGGAAUUAACAUGCACUGAGAAUUUAUGUAUUGUAACAUUGGCACUGUUUGAAAUUGGGUUCACUGUUCUGUUGUAUUAUUUGUCUGGGAUUGGCAGUUAGCCACUUAGAUUUACUUUGAUUGAGGAAAAUGGCAAACUCCCAGCAAACUUUUGACAUAACUCCAAAAUAUCAUGUAAUGACACUUUUAAAACCUUGUGUCAAUUACACAGCUAUUUUAUAAUCCCUCUCAUGAUCAGACCUUCCUAGAUGGAAUUUUCCAUUACCUAAAUUAGUUCCAGACUUUUCCUUUUCUCAAAUAAUCCACCCCUUGGCCAUGGAGGAAGAGGUUAACAUCCGGAUGUAUUUUCUAGAUAAUGAGGUCAGCUGUAUCAAAGUCCAGUGUGUGAAAGUUAUCAUUGAAGUCAUAAAACAUGUAGAUCACACAGGUUUACAAACAAACCUAUCUGUGUUUUAAUAAUUGUAUUCUACAUUGACCCCAUAAGACAUUAAUGGGCACUUUUUUUAAACAACAGCUGAACAGUCAUCACUGGACAUUGAACACUUUUAAAUACAGACUAAUAAAACAUAGAUUACUGACCAGGAUAAUAUCACUAUUCAUUUAGAGAAGAAAUGUAUCAAAUGUGUUUGUCAACAGGAAAUUUGUAACCUUGGAUCAUUAUGGUGUUGGACGACUACUGAGAUUUUGCCUUUACUUUGGCUUUUUGUGCGUUUAUUAUUAGUCCUCAUCAUUGAUAUUCAUCAUUCAUUUGGACAUUUUUGCCAAAAUCGCACAUUAUAUCUUGGACGCACAAGUGUUGCACAGAACUGUUGAUAAAUGUGCUCUCGGUUCCAGAUUACAAACUGUAGUAUGUACGUAAGCAUGAUUAAGGGCUACUCUCCUGCUCGCAUCCGAGAUGGAAAUACGGUGAAAUUGUAUUAACUGUUCAGUUCAAACAUUUUGUCUAGGAAUUUUUUUUUGUCACCAAUUCGAAAAUGUGCACACUAAAGUAUUAUUCAUUACUUGACCUCUGUUUUACAUUACUCUAGUUCUCGUUUUGGACUGAGAGGGGAGCUUGGGCCAAUUAUGACAUCAUGACACUGAUUAUAAAAGAUUUGUAUAUUAUGUGUUAAUGAAAAUGACAAUAAAGAAUGUUUCUCGAU